GCGAGCCUGCUAAAGCACCAAAUACUCUAGCGUCGUCUCCAUAGCAAGUUCUACUCUACACCUUAUAACUCAUCAUGUCUGGACGCGGCAAAGGUGGUGGCAAAAUCAAGGGCAAGUCAAAGACCCGCUCCAACAGGGCUGGACUCCAGUUCCCCGUCGGACGUAUCCAUCGUCUGCUGAGGAAGGGCAACUACGCCGAGCGAGUGGGCGCCGGUGCUCCGGUCUACCUGGCCGCCGUCAUGGAGUACUUGGCCGCUGAGGUCCUCGAGUUGGCUGGUAACGCCGCUCGCGACAACAAGAAGACGAGAAUCAUUCCCCGUCAUCUUCAGUUAGCCAUCCGCAAUGACGAAGAACUUAACAAACUUCUCUCAGGAGUCACCAUUGCCCAGGGUGGUGUGUUGCCUAACAUUCAGGCUGUUCUUCUUCCCAAGAAGACUGAGAAGAGUUCUUAAACUUGUUUCCCGUAUUCAAUUAAAAAAAAAUCAAUCGGCCCUUUUCAGGGCCAUCA